AUGACGGGGGGAUAUAGGACUGUGGGAUGUCCACUCUGUGUCUCCUCGGUGUCCCCCAGUGUCCCCCUGUGGCCACCGUGGACUCUCCUCUCCAUGGCCCCCCUGGCUCAGACCCUGGCACUGCUGGCAAUGGCUGUGGCCACCAUAGCCAUCAAAAAGGUGCCCCUGGACAUGGCCCGGAAGUCCUUUGAUGACCAGUAUCUAACCUGUGCCGAUAACAUAACUGAGAAGCUGCCAGAACUCAGGAGCACCGAGUUCCUCAAGAAUGUCAAGUUUGCCCAGGCCUGGCAUGAGGCCGAGACCGCGUGGCAGGCGCGGGGGAGCCCCAUGAGCCAAGACCUGAGCCAAGACCAGACCAUCGCCCUCCUGAUCUACACCAAUGGGACGCUGUACAGCUCAUUCAACGAGGCCGUGCGCGAGGCUGGCAGCUCCCGCAAGAAAUACCACAAAAACUUCCACUUCAAAACGCUGCAUUUCCUGCUCACCCGGCAGCUGUGGGAGCCCAAGAACUGCCAGAACGUGUUCAGGGGGGUCAGCGGGGUGCAGUUCAAUGUGAAGGUCGGUGACGAAGUUCGCUUUGGCCAGUUCGCAUCGACGUCGCAGAGCCCCACAGUCGCGGAGCAGCGCGCCAAUGACACGAUGUUCCACGUGUACACGUGCCAUGGUGCCGACAUCCAGAGAUUCUCUUCCAAGCCCUAUGAGAAGGAGGUGCUGGUGCCGCCCUUCGAGACCUUCAAGGUCACCAAUGUCACUUGGGAAGGGAGAAAAAUGAACAUCACGUUGCACUCCACUGGGAACUUCAGCAAAUACAACUGCGAGUGGCUGCGAGGUGGGAACCUCCCCAGGACCUCCCCCCACCUCUGGGGGCUUCUCCUGGCCACUGUGGCCACGACAGUGAUCACUGGAAGCCUCUGA